AUGGCUCCCAAGUCAUUGGCUGAGUCGGAUGCUAGGGAGAUACGCACCAUGAACCACGAGUUGAUGAAGUGCGAUGGGUUUGAUAUUCCUGAUGGUUACAAAAUGAAGAUUUGUCGUUUUUGUCGCACACCGAGCUGGGCGAAGUCACCACUAGCAUUGUCUUUGUUUGCGUCAUGGCAACCAUUGGUACCAUGGAACCAGGGACGAAAGGAGAAACCAGCUGGUACGGUCUGUCGUAUCUGUGCACUUGUGUUUACUGUCGGCAAGUGGGCCGUCGACUGCAAUCCCAAAGAUCUCACAGGAUUUGAUCGAUUGCUGGCUCAACGUGCCAAGUACAUUGAUGCCAGAAAUGCCAAUCCAGACUGGCGUCCUCGUACGGACAUGGAUCUUGGUCCACGAAACAGACCAGCUGUAGCAGCAGCCAAGCCAACACCAAAAGCAAAAGCAUCGACAGCAGCAGCAUUACCAAAGCAAGCACCUACAGCAAAGGCAAAGGCACAGGCAGCAAAGUCAGCAAGCACUAAAAAACGCAAAGGUCAACAGGAUGACGAUGAGUCUGAGCAACAAGCACCCAAGAUUAUGAGGCUGAACACACAACAAUCAGCAGAUGCAUCAAAUGAGUCUGACAAGAACACUCUUGCAGAUUUCAACGAAUCAUUGAAGAAAUUGAAGAGCGAUUUGUUUGCCAGUUGUAGAGAUGCAGAUGCAGCUGUGAACGAAUGCAUGAAAACAGCACAGAAAGAAAUGAAUACUUUGUUAGGAAAGAUGCGAACCAAGUGCAAGAGCGCAAAACGACAAGACAAGGGUGGCAUCUUGACAACCACACUUGAAGACAUGAAGAUGGAGAUUAUGAGGAUGUACAAGGUUUCUACCACCUUGCUGAACUGUACAGGUGAUUCAGAUGCUGUCUCGGCAUUGAAAGAUCUUGAGUCCAGCCUCAAUGUGAAUGCUGAAUGGACGGACGAUAUGAUCGAACCGCUUCAAAGUUUCCUUGGCCACAUGAAGCAACACAUCAGGGAAGGCCGUAUGGUGAAAUCACUUGAUCAUAUUCACGUGAUUGUGUGUGAUGACCAAUUUCUACCGGCUAAGAUCAUUGAGUCAGUUGGAGUCCUUCAUUCCUCCAUGGAGCGAAAUGAUCAAAGUGACGAUGCCGGUCUUGCAGCAGUCUUCUUUGGAAUCCACCAGGGAAAAUACAUCAUCAAAAAUGCAAACGUAAAGGCCCAGAAUGCUUUGAAGGAAGUCAGCCAUCUUCAGGCAUUGACAGAGAAUGUGAAGAAGAUUGAUGAGUUCAUGGAGUCCAUGCCAGAGUGUCACAUGGAAACGUUCGAUUGGGAAACUGCUUCGAAACUGGGAGUGGAUACUUUUCAUUCUUUAUCAGAGGCUUUCACCAAGGGUGGAUCACAGGUUGCAUCAUCAUACAAGAGUGUGAUCUCAACUGCAAAGAAAUCUUUGUCAGAUUUCGUGACCGCGGUCUCGAAGGCUUUCAUUCUCGGACAAGGACUUCCAUGGUUCCAGCCAGCAGCUACCAAAUUCUUGGACACCAAAACAAUUUCCAGUCUUCCAACCAUGCAGUUUUCCAAUUGGAAGCCAAUAUCAGGAAGCAAAUGUGUGAGUUCCGAUGCAACAUCAAUCAUGAAGAUUGCCUUUGACACUGAAUCGCUGAUUCAUCAGAUCGAAGAUACUUUCAAAUCAGUUAUCAAGGACAAUUGUGAAACCUCGGCGCCUGUGAUCAUGCGGUUGGUUGAUUCGAUCAAUCGUUACCAAACAGGUUCUUUGAAAUCCAUCACGUCGAUUGGAUUGGCUAGUGAAAGUUCGCUUGCAUCCUUUGAGAACAUGAGGGAGAUUGUUUGCAAGAUGACUCACCAACAAGUACAAGACACACUGCAUAUAGCAAUCAAACAGAUUGGCAUCAUCAUGGCCAAGGUGGAGAAGCCACCACUAUCUGCAGAAGAUGUGCAUGCAGUAUCAGCAUUAUCCGAAAAGAUGUGUUUGUUGAGCACUCGGCUUCCAGAUGCUGACAAUCAGGAGGAUGUCAAAUUGCUCGGCUUAUGCAAGGUCUUUGUGACAUGUAGCAAUGCCAAAGACUUAGCUGUCAAAGAACCAGAUUCACGCGAAGGGCUCGAGCAGUUCAUUCGGCCACUGAUGGAGUUGCAUCGUGUUUUCAGAACACCAGGCUCAGGGAAGGCCAAGGUGACUACACAGCCAGAACACCAGAAGGCAUGCUUGACGUCAAUCCAUGACAUUCUCAGUCGCAACAGCACUGACUUCAAAGAUGCAUUUCCAGAUUUCGGUACAUUUGAAACAUGCUUUCUGGACUUGGAGAACAGUGCAACAUCUUUGAUGACCAAACGUUGUGAGUACUAUGAGAAGGAUACCACUCAGUCUGUCAAGAACCUUGAAGCCAUGUUGAAAGUGAUUCCUGAAAUCAAUCCUGAUGAACCUGAUCAGUUUCUCAAAGCAAUUGAGUCAGUUCAGCAAAAGUUGUUGGACACAUGCGAUUCGUCAGCAGAGAUUAUCAUCUCAGUAGAGAAAGACCUUUCGGCUUUCAACUGUCAACCGUCUGACAUUUGCGCCAAUCUUUCGGAGUUGAAAGCAUUGCAUCAUCGUGCAACGACAUUGCUUGGUGAACAAUCAGCCGCAGUGCUGUUAAAUCUACCGACAGGGAAGAAAUGCAUUUCCCAGAGUGUCAAAGCGAACGGCAGACUGAAGGCUAUGCUCAAUGUAUUGAGCACGAACUGUCAGGAGAAGAAACUUGAUAUCAAUGCAACUUUGCAUGCGCGAGUUACAUCGUUGCUGUAGCUUCACUGCUUCAAUACGACGAUGUACAGAUGUAACAUAGUGGCUGAUUUUACAUGUGCUAGAUACACUGCGAGGUGUAGCGUGUAUGCAAUGCACAGUCACAGAAAUCCCUGCGGCGAUGUCACUUCACGAUGAAACGGAUUGAUUGAUC